UCAACCUAGUUGUACUACUAGGUAACAACAUCAGAUAAAUACGUGAAUAGAUAUGUUCUGAUUUGAUUUGUCCAAUAAGGUCCGAGGAUCAAGGAAAGGAGUGUACAGCAUAUUUUAAGUGAAUCUCCUUAUGUGAUUUUAAAAGGAGGACAAAAAUAAGAAGAUUAUGAAAUAAGAACAAGUUAUUUCAAAGGAAGCAAAAGCUACAAUAACACAGGCGAUAACAUAGCAUAAAGGGACAAAACGCGCAGCAGAGUGGUGACCUGGCCAGAGCGCGAUGUUUGGAAUGAUAAAGAACACAAUUUUCGGGAACACCGAAGAAACGGACUACAAGUUGCUCAGCAGCGAGACCAAGGAGGGGGUCAGUUAUGAGGUGCGGCGGUACGAUGGUGCAAAGUAUGCCUCAGUGAGCUCAGAGGGGCGGACCUUUGACCAGGUGACGGGGGAACUAGUGAGGAAGCUGCUCGUGUACAUUGGGGGAAGCAACGAGCAAGGGGAGGCAAUGGGGACGACAGCACCGGUUAUCAUCACAGUAUAUCCCAGGGACGACGGUGUGAUGUCACGCCGUUUGGUGGUUAGCCUCAGGAUUCCCACCAACUACCAAGUCAGUCCCCCUGUGCCCAUCGACAGUGCCAUCAGAAUCGAGGAUCGACCCGGCAUGACUGUCUACUCACUGCAGUUUGGAGGCUUCGCAGGGGAGACUGAGUACCGUGCAGAGGCCUCUCGCCUAACCAAAACUCUUGGUGAGACUGCCCCAUUUCAGCGGAAACAGUACUUCUGCUGCACCUACGACCCGCCAAUGAAACCCUACGGCCGACGCAACGAGGUGUGGUUCCUACAGGAGGAGCCAUAAGGGAAGCAUUAAGACCGACUCUUAAUAAUAAACUAUAGUCACUUCCUCUCCUUCAUCUUCACUGAUCACUCCACAUCUUGAUCUUCAUCCCCCCAAAAUAGGAUAUGUGAAAAUAAUAUGACAACAACAGGGGAUUUGUUUUCAGAUUAGUGCAAAUGAAGGAGAGGUGAUGCAAAGAAGUGUAUUUGACUAUUGAAAGGUCAUAAAGGGGAGGGAUGGGCAGCGGGCUACAUAGUUACUGGUCCAAAGUAGUGCAAUAGUACGGUACCAUUAUCAGUAACUGGAUAUUAAGUGGCCUGGGGUAGGAGCCACUAACCACAAUUUACCGCUGUGUGUGGUACAUCAUUAAGUUCUUAUUUUGUACACCCAGGGGUUGACACUUCCCUUAAAACAUGCUUCAUAGUGCUUGGAGGAAAAGCACAUUAAAUCACUGUACACAUAUCACUAUUCAGCAGUCUAAUUAAAUUAUGCUUCACUUCACACACCAUAAAAACAAAAUGACAGUUAAGUAUUCAAUAAGUAAUUAAAUUAAGUUUUAAAAAUCACAAUUCCUUUUCCCAAGGGAGGGAAUUGGAAAUAAACUAGGAAUUGAGCCAUAGAGUAGUGAUAGUCAAAUGUUUUCCUUAGUAUGAAUUAGUUGGUGGGGAGGGUAUGAAGGAGAAAUAUAUUAGUCAUUCCUUAAGUGUUAUCAUUUGAGAUGUCUAAUCCUUCUGUGAUGACAUGAAAACUUUAAGACAGCAGUUGUGUGUAGUGAAUGUUUUGGUGUGCUUGUAUUUGGUGUGUUUGAAUUGUAAUGUUAUUAUGAUUCUUGAAACUGUAUUUUGAAAUACCUCUGUAUGGUGUGUGAUUUUCUGUGAAAAUAUGGAGUGACGAUAUCAUCAGGAUUUGAUAGCGUUU